AGGAUGGAGAGCCCGGAGGACAAAUCCCCCCUUGAGACCCUGGUGGGAGAGGCUGUUUUGAAGGGCUCCCCGGCGCAGGAAGGCAGCGGGGAGGAAAAAGGCCGGAGAUCCCCCCACAGGAGGGGCUCCAAAGCCAUCCCAGGGUGCUCUGAGGAGGAAAGACCCAACCUGUGCCCGGAAGAUGGCCGGAGCUUGAGGCAGAGCUCUGAGCUGGUGGUCCCUGAGCAGCCUCCCAGCAGGGAGAAGCCCUUCCGGUGCUUGGAAUGUGGGAAGAGCUUCAGGAAGAGCUCCCACCUCCUCACCCACCAGCACAUCCACACUGGGGCACGUCCCUACACGUGUGGGGAAUGUGGGAAGAGCUUCAAUCAGAGCACCCACCUGGUCAAACACCGGCACAUCCACACGGGGGAACGGCCCUACAUGUGUAAGGAAUGUGGGAAGAGCUUCACUGAAAGCUCUGGCCUGAUCCAACACCAUCGCAUCCAUACUGAGGAACGGCCCUUCAUAUGUGGGGAAUGUGGGAAGAGCUUCAGGAACAGUUCCAACCUUCACUCCCACCAGCGCAUCCACACUGGAGAACGGCCGUAUAAGUGCUUGGAAUGUGGGAAGAGGUUUAAGACCAGCUCCAAUCUCUUGAUGCACCAGCGGACGCACACAGAUGAGAGGCCCUUCCACUGCACUGACUGCGGGAAGAGCUUCAACAUGAACUUCGCCCUUGUCAGGCACCGGCGCAUCCACACCGGGGAGAGACCCUACAAGUGUGGGAAGUGUGGCAAGAGCUUCACCCACAGCUCUACCUUGAGUCAGCACCAAAGGACCCACAGAUAA